AUGUCGCAAUCCACUGUUCUUAGUAGCCACACUGUUUCAUCCCAAGCACCGACGCCGCUUGUCAGAAGCUACAAUGUAGAGCGAUCAUGCAUCCGAUGCCACGAGCGCAAAGUCCGGUGUAACAAAAUGGUGCCAUGCUCUGCUUGCAACAAGGCCAACGCGCAGUGUUGCUAUCCCGGUCCAGAGAAGACCAAGCGACGCUCUCAAAGAGGGAAAGAAUCGCAACUUUAUGCUCGCUUGGACAAAUUAGAGAGAGUUUUGCGGGGAGUCCCGGAGCCGCCUCAUGUUGAGAAGGAUACCAGCCAGCUUGAUGAUACGAUAUCUUGUAAUGACCUUCAAUCACAAUCGCCAGAGGUUUUGAUCGUUCAGCCCAAAAGUCAUAAAAUCCACAAAACCCAAAGUGAACCGCCCGAAUAUCAAGACCCAGUGUUAGCUCAAGGAUUUCUUGUGAAAGACGGCGUAACUACUCGGUAUAUCAACGAGGCACUCUUAUCGCAAGUAUUGGAAAAGGAAAGUGAACUUCAAUCGGCAAUUGGCACUCCAACCAGUGCAAGCACAUUAGAAAGGCGACAAGCGGCAUUUGGGUUUCGAGGGCUCAUUUCAAAUCCUUGCAUAUCCACAACAGAUCUUUCCACUCUUUUCCCAACAAGGUCGCAGGCUACGCGGUUGUGGCACGUGUGGUUGACUAAUGUUAAUCCCCUUGUGAGGCUGCUUCACGUUCCAACCACGCAACCUCUCUUUUUUGCUGCAGUGAAUAAUCCUACGCAAGCACUUCCAGAUUUUAGCGCUCUUCUCUUUUCAAUAUACUUCGCAGCCGUGACAAGUAUAGAUGAUUCGGAGACCAACCUGAUACUAGGCCAGGAUCGGCAGUCGGCCCUGAACGCUUAUCAAUAUGGUCUUGAAUUGAGCCUUCACCUGGCAGGCUUUUCGGAUUAUCCCACAAUAGCUUCCAUACAGGCUAUGUCGAUGUAUCUAAUGUGCCGCCGGAACCAUAACAGCGGUCGAUCUGGGUGGGUAUUAAAUGGCCUCUUAGUUCGUGCCUCGCAGUGUAUUGGCCUUCACCGGGACGGCGAGCGUUUCAAACUCUCUCCACUUGAAUGCGAAAUCCGCCGUCGACUAUGGUGGUAUAUCACGAAUAUUGAUGGUCGAGUUGCAGAAGAUCACGGGAUCAUCACCGGUGGUUAUGGAAGUUGUUGUGACACCAAGUUUCCCCUCAACAUAAACGAUACAGACUUGACUGCCGAUAUGAAACAUACCCCAAGAUCCAGAGAAGGACCGACGGAGAUGACCUUGCCGCUGGUUUCGAUCGAGUCAAGUCAAGCCAUGCAAGAACUUCAUGACAUCAUCAGCCGGGGCCCGAAUUGCGCCGAAAAGGUGACUCGCUUGAAGCAAAGUUUGGAAGACUUUAAAGCAAGAAUACAGGAGAAGUAUCUCCAAUAUUGUGACAUCAAUAUACCAAUACAGAGAUACGCUUUCUUCUUAGGAAAAGUGCAAAUUGGCAAAAUGGAAGCAAUGGUCCGGCAGCAAUAUCUCAAAGGCCGUGCAGCAGAAAACCUAUCUGAACGUGUAUGUGAUGAAUCUCUUAAUCAUGCUAUUAGAGUGUUGGAGAUUUGUAUCUUGAUGAAAACAGACGAACUUCUUGCCAAUUAUCAAUGGCUUUGCAAUACAUUCACCCAAUACAGCGGCCUGACUCAUGUUCUCUGGUCACUGUGUGUCUAUCCUCAGUCCGAAGGUGCUGAAAAGGCAUGGAGUGCAGUGGAGCGGUCGUUUGAACUUGAAGAAAGGCCAGGCAUGCCGGCACUCGGUCAAAAAUGGAAUGUUCUUCGAAAGCUCAGGGAUAAGGCCAUUUCUAUCCGGCAUGCUUUGAUGUCGAGCCAGGCUCCCGUGAAUGAACUUCAAAACCCGGGACCCGCGCAAAUGCAAACUGUGAAUAUUAAUGAGGACAUCUACAAUAUGGCGAUAGCGGAGGGGCUGAUGUGGGAUCUUGACUUUGACAUGAUGUCUGGACUUCAAGCAUUUUCUGCGGAGUAUGAUUUCCAGGAUCGAGGAAUUCAAUCAUAA